GGCUUCUCUUAUUUACCUACUUCUACCAGAAGACAAUCUUGUACGUAUCUUGAGAGAGAGGGGUGGCAUCUAGACAAAGUGUGUGGGCCCUUCUCCCCGUGCAUCGCAAAGGAGAUCUUCCUUCCCACUUGAGGGACAAUAUCUCCGGCACUCAUGGCUAUUGCAGAGUCGGCGUUGCCCACGCCCUCUGACCAAUCGACACCGGCAUCGAACAUCGGUCCCAAGGACGUCUCGACGGGACUAUCCAAGUACAAAAAGAUCCGAUGGAAAAAAUACGACCCCAAGAAGCGACGACUGGAAAGUAGGAGUAAUCAGUUUGUAUUAUGGACGCCGCCCACUGGACAAACAGACGGUGACGGCGACGACGACCCGGAAAGGAAACCCUCGCCCUGCAAAGGAGGUUGCGACAAAGGCAAAGACAACACCGCCUCACCGUGGUGCCACCAGGCAAUCACAAUGGCAUCUCCGCUCCAACCUCUUCCCCUGAACGGCACGCGAGUCGAUCCGUUCAUGUACUUUCCGAUCAAGGCCACCGACUGUGUGCGGGACACGAUGGACUACUUCAUCACCAUCUGCAGCGGUUUCCCCGAAGAUUCGUCCGUCCCGGGCCCCGUGAACCCUCACCUCUCGUUGCUGCUCCCGUACGCGCUGAAACACCCGAUACUGUUCGAGUCGAUGAUCGCCGUGUGCCGCGCCUCGGUCUUGCUCUCGCUGGACCGUCCCGCGCUCGAAGAUGCCGCCUUCAUCCAGCACCGCGGAAACGCCAUCGCGGGACUCAACACCAAAAUCAGGACCAACCAGUGCACCGACGACGACGCUCUGUUGACCGCCACCAUGCUCAUGACGCUCGAGUAUCUAAUGGGAAACCAUUCUGCGGUCCAGAUGCAUUGCGAAGGCCUGGAGAAGAUGCUACAGCUUCGAGGACCUCUUGGCCAGGAGGGCAAGGAAACCGACUGGGCGAAAUUUGUCAGGCACGGGCUGACCGGCUACAAGGCACUUGGAUCGUUCGUCACAGGUAGACCGCCUGAUAUACCGCCCGAGUCUAUUGGGUAUCUAAAGGAAACCUUCGAAGAACUGUCCCUCGACAAGCCGCUCGCCUACCCCGAACCACCUUUCGAUCCAGACCUUUGCACCAUACUGUCUCGGCUACCUCCAGGCCUGUCGGAUGUCUGUUUGAAAUGUCGCAUUUCUGUUCAAAUGAUCAUGAUGCUAGGAGCGGUCGCAGGAGCAACAACCUUAUUAGGCACAAAGAGCCUCCUUGACGGUGUCUCGGUCCCCUUAUCUUCCUCUGAUGACUGCCUGUUCGACGUCCGACGUCAACAAUCUAUGGUUCAGGCGCUAUUAUCAUCCUUGCAACGAAUGUCCUUGACCUCGGUCGUUCCCGUCGAGCUCAGUCUCACUUCUGGACUUAUCUCGUACAUGUUCCAACUUCGGUCAUUGACCCCACUUAACCUAUUCUACGACCCAAUUCUUCGCAGGUUCAUCGCGACACUCCCUGCUCAGCCGAAGCCAACCUGUGUUGAGGAGCAGCAUGCGUUUAUCUGGGCAAGCAUGGCCGUUGCGGGUGUUCUGGCAUUGAGAGUGGCACCGAUGCCUUCUAGUCAUGCUGUCUUCGAUCAUGUGCUUGACCUGUUCCCAGAAGCCCGAGACUGGCGUCGCCUAAACAAAAUCCUAUGUGGCUUCUUUUGGACGAAUGAUAUUGGAGCGCAUUGGAAGACGGUUUGGGAAGCAGCAAUGCGGCGAAGAGAGUUUCUCCUGCACCGGAAUAAAGAUCCCAAAUCGCGACCUCACAUGGUCACUGCAGAGAUGCCCGAACAUGAUUUUGAAGGCAUUCGCCGCCACAUUGAAGGAGCGCCUCGAGUCAUGCGUGAAAUGAGUGAAGCUAUGGGUAUAUGCCCGUUCCAUCGAAGGGGCGAUUGAUACGGAUACGCAUGACCUGGGAACGACAAUCUUGGAAGUAUAUGACAAGAUAUGAGAGUGCAUUAUAAAUGCUGACCAUGACCGCUGCGUGCGGUUUGACUGACUCAUGGAUGCAGUACAAGUCCAUCUGUGAUCGCUUUUGGUCAGUGAGGUGCGUGUGGACAGUCUGAACACUCUUGCGAGUGAAAAGAGCUCGUUGCUCGUAGACUUUGGGUCUUCUGAUCGUGUUCGGUGAUGUUACACCGCCCGCCAUGGGGUUUCAAGCGCACCGCAGUUUCGUGACCCAUUUGCGGCUUGAAUGCCCAUAAUCCUCAUAUCGAGAGCUGUUGCAACAAUUCUCGUAAUCCUUGUUUUGAACAUCGACGGAACCCUUGUCGUAUCACCACAGGCAUGUUCUGCAGGAAAUGCCAAUUUUUGGGAAUCAGCUUGUUUCCAUAAAGCAACAAAACGGCCGCAGCCAUCAUCCAAACAAUGUACACCAGCAUGAUAGCGAUAUGGAGUCGAAAAGCUACCACCCAGGGUACCACUACCUCUGACUUGAAGUCAUAGUAUCGAUUAACCAACCAAUUCCGAAUGGGCCUUUUCCGUUGUUGAAUUCGCAAAUGCUCCUGCAACCCUUCAGCAAGUUGCCAAGCGACCCUUCUGUUGAUCUUAUCCCAGGUUGUUUCAAGGGCGAACUCCCUGGCGUUUUCUGCCAUGCUCGCCAGAAGAGUUGCGUCAGAAAAUCCUCGAACCCGUUCAACGAAUGUGUCCAGAUCGUGAGGGGCGACUAGAUAACCCGUCUUUGCAUGCUGAACAAUAUCGGACGGGCCUCCUUCGUCCCGUGCGAUUACAGGCACGCCACUCGCCAUGCCUUCGAGGACUACCAAUCCAAAGGUCUCCGUAAUGGAGCAAUGAAGAAAGACAUCGGCAGAAGCGUAGGCACGGGCGAGGCUGGUGCCUGUUAAGAGUCCAGUGAACACAACAUGCUCCUUGGUCGAAUUGAACAGCUGACGAACGUCGUUCUCAACGGCGGGAUUGAGGUUGCCACCCACAAUGACCAGUUUGAAAGGAAAGUCCUGUUCCAUCAACUUGGAGGCGACUUGCGCCAAAAACUCAAACCCCUUUUCCGGCGCCAACCGGCAAACGCAGACAAGGAUCAAUUCUCCGUUGGGAGCAAGCUCCUUGCGAUAUGACUCAUCACGCCGAGAAGGAUGGAACAGGGCAGUGUCUACUCCACGUCCAAGCUGCACCAGCCUACUACUGGGAGCACCUGCUUUGAGGAGAUAUCGGCGAAUACCUGACGAAGGAUAAAAGAUUGUAUGGACGCUGCGGUGGCUGAAAAGAAAGCCUUGUACCACUCCCAGUAACCAGACAGAAAAUCGUGCAACGGGGCCAGGGAAAAGAAUCUCGCUGUAUGCCGAGAGGUCUGUCUGAAAAUUCAAUAACACAACAGGAGGGUCCUGAAGCUGUCGGAUUUGAAGCAAGAACUGGAAUCCAGUAGAUGCCGGACUGGCCAGGUACACGAUGUCAGGUUUGAAGGUGCGCUUGUAAACAUCUUCGAGCUGAAAGGGAUAGACAACUGUCAAGUCAGGGUUGUAAGGGAGUGGGUACCCAGGAAGUCGCAGCUCCGGGAUAUUGCUGUCCUUGGGUCGCAGUCUUGUUUCCUUGGAAUGAGGAGCAACAAUCGCGAGUUGAACACCAUUGCGUCGCAGGUACUCGACGAGGCUGAGAGUGGUGCGACUCACACCGUUGACCGGACCAAGGGACUCCGUCGCGAGCAGGAGUCUCUUGCCUUGCAGAAUUGCGGGAAACCCAUCCUCGCAUUUGGUGCCAUGUUGGUCGCUAUGAGAUGCUGCCAGUUCCAAAUUUAAUGGCUGUGGCUGCGACAACUGCUUUGCCAUCAUCGUGAGGAAGCGGAAACCACUAGUGGCUGUCGCAGUCGCAUCAACGAUUCGCCGAAUGCCGGAGGUGUUAUCGAUAAGGAGAAAGCGAGGGGUAAAUAGACUGCGCUCUUGGCUAUUGGCUCUUGAUGGUGCGCGGUAUUGGGUGCUGUACAGUAGACGAACAGAAUCCUUC